CGUGGAGGAGUGAAACGUAUUUCCGGUUUGAUUUACGAAGAAACUCGCGGUGUGUUGAAGGUGUUCCUGGAAAACGUAAUCCGCGACGCCGUCACGUACACUGAGCACGCCAAGAGGAAGACCGUCACCGCCAUGGACGUUGUCUACGCUCUGAAACGUCAAGGCCGCACUCUUUACGGUUUCGGAGGUUAAUCUUYCUG